UCGAGGAGCAGUCUGGGGGCGCGAGCCAAGGCUUUCAGGUGGUCAGCUUCAAGUGGCACCACGUCAAGGACCCGUACAUCAUCGCGCUGUGGAUCCUCGUGGCCAGCCUGGCCAAGAUCGGCUUGGGGAAGACGCACUCAGUCCACCUUCCUUGUGAGAAUCUGAUUUUCAUCGUCCAACUUCCCAGAAGGGUCUAGACUGUCAUCUGACUUUGAGGAAAUCGAGUCUGGAGGGAUAAGAUAAUCAUAGCUCGAGAAGUGGCAGGACAGGUCCCUCGGAACAGAAAGCCCUCACACAUGCAGACACCGUGGAGGCACUGCUCCGUGGGGAACCGGGCACGAGGGGUCCGCAGGGGCAGCACCUGGCCAGGCCACUCAGCAGGCUGUGCCUGUCCUCUUGAAGGAUGUCUCCACGGCUCCAUGUGCCUCCGGGAACAGCUGGCAUGUGUCAGUGCUGCUCUCCUCAGCGGGGCCCUCCCGGCCGGCAGCUGCCCCGUGGCCUUCCCACCUUGGGGAGCCCUUCACCCUCCUGCAGCACCAUGUCCAUAUCAAGAGUCAAUAGUCCCCACCAUUUCCUGCUGCUCUGUGUCCGGGCAGCGGCCCAUGACAAAGUCCCAGCCUCAGGGGACGGAGCUAGGAACGCCCUGAUAGUGGUGACCGUGGCGACACAGCAGCCACGUGAGUGGGCACAGGCUCGGUUUACGACACCUUGGGACGCUGCCCACACAUUAUCUGCACCAAAGAUGUCCUCAGAGAAAAUAGCCUCGCUGGAAUUUUCACACGAAGGGGUAAAAGGCUUCCACCUGUCACACAAGGUCACCAGCGUCGUCCCCGAGAGUGCACUGCUCAUCGUGCUGGGCCUGGUGCUGGGCGGCAUCGUCUGGGCGGCCGACCACAUCGCCUCCUUCACACUCACCCCCACUGUCUUCUUCUUCUACCUGCUGCCCCCCAUCGUGCUGGACGCCGGCUACUUCAUGCCCAACCGGCUCUUCUUUGGCAACCUGGGCACCAUCCUCCUGUACGCUGUCGUGGGCACCGUGUGGAAUGCGGCCACCACCGGGCUGUCCCUCUACGGCGUCUUCCUCAGCGGCCUGAUGGGAGACCUGAAGGUCGGGCUGCUGGAUUUCCUCCUGUUCGGGAGCCUGAUAGCCGCCGUGGACCCAGUGGCCGUCCUGGCUGUGUUCGAGGAGGUGCACGUCAACGAGGUCCUAUUCAUCAUCGUCUUUGGGGAGUCACUGCUGAACGACGCCGUCACUGUGGUCCUCUACAAUGUGUUCGAAUCUUUCGUGACGCUGGGUGGUGACAAGGUGACUGGCGUGGAUUGCGUGAAAGGCAUAGUGUCCUUCUUCGUGGUGAGCCUGGGGGGCACGCUUGUGGGGGUCGUCUUCGCCUUCCUGCUGUCGCUGGUGACCCGCUUCACCAAGCACGUGCGCAUCAUCGAGCCUGGCUUCGUCUUCGUCAUCUCCUACCUGUCCUACCUCACCUCCGAGAUGCUGUCACUGUCGGCCAUCCUGGCCAUCACCUUCUGCGGCAUCUGCUGUCAGAAGUACGUGAAGGCCAACAUCUCGGAACAGUCAGCCACCACCGUGCGCUACACCAUGAAGAUGCUGGCCAGUGGGGCAGAGACCAUCAUCUUCAUGUUCCUGGGCAUCUCAGCCGUGAACCCCCGCAUCUGGAAGUGGAACACGGCCUUUGUGCUCCUGACACUGGUCUUCAUCUCCGUGUACCGGGCCAUUGGUGUGGUCCUGCAGACCUGGGUCCUGAACCGGUACCGGAUGGUGCAGCUGGAAAUCAUAGACCAGGUGGUCAUGUCCUACGGCGGCCUGCGAGGGGCCGUGGCCUUCGCUCUGGUCGUCCUUCUGGACGAGCAGAAGGUGAAGGAGCGGAACCUCUUCGUCAGCACCACCAUCAUCGUGGUCUUCUUCACGGUCGUCUUCCAGGGCCUGACCAUCAAGCCCCUGGUGCAGUGGCUGAAGGUGAAAAGGAGCCAGCACCGGGAGCCCAAACUCAAUGAGAAGCUGCAUGGCCGGGCUUUCGACCACAUCCUCUCUGCCAUCGAGGACAUAUCAGGGCAAAUUGGACACAACUAUCUCAGAGAUAAGUGGUCCAAUUUCGAUAGGAAAUUCCUUAGCAAAAUCCUUAUGAGAAGGUCGGCACAGAAGUCACGAGAUCGGAUUCUGAAUGUUUUCCACGAACUCAACUUGAAAGAUGCCAUUAGCUAUGUGGCUGAGGGAGAACGCCGUGGGUCCCUGGCCUUCAUCCGCUCCCCCAGCACUGACAACAUGGUCAACGUGGACUUCAGCACACCGCGGCCCUCAACUGUGGAGGCCUCUGUCUCCUAUCUCCUGAGGGAGAACGUCAGUGCCGUGUGCCUGGAUAUGCAGUCCCUAGAGCAGAGAAGGAGGAGCAUCCGUGACACAGAGGACAUGGCCACUCACCACACGCUGCAGCAGUACCUGUACAAGCCCCGGCAAGAGUACAAGCAUCUCUACAGUCGGCACGAGCUAACUCCGAACGAAGACGAGAAGCAGGACAAGGAGAUCUUCCACAGGACCAUGAGGAAGCGCCUGGAAUCCUUCAAGUCGGCCAAGCUUGGGAUCAAUCAGAACAAGAAGGCAGCGAAGCUGUACAAGAGGGAACGUGCCCAGAAGCGGAGAAAUAGCAGCAUUCCCAAUGGGAAACUGCCCAUGGAGAGCCCCGUGCACAAUUUCACCAUUAAGGAGAAAGAUUUGGAACUUUCAGACCCAGAGGAGGCCCCGGACUACGGUGCUGAAAUGGGUGGAGGGAUCGAGUUCCUGGCAAACGUCACACAGGACACCACGGCGACAGACUCCCCCUCAGGGAUUGACAACCCCGUGUUCUCCCCGGAUGAGGACCUGAGCACCCUCUCCAGGGUGCCACCCUGGCUGUCACCAGGGGAGACUGUGGUGCCCUCCCAGAGGGCCCGUGUGCAGAUACCCUGCUCGCCGGGCAACUUCCACCGCCUGGCACCCUUCCGCCUCAGCAGCAAGUCCGUGGACUCCUUUCUGCAGGCCGAUGCCCCCGAGGAGCAGCCCCGCACGACCCUCCCUGAGUCCACGCACAUGUGACACGGGCUCCGACGUGCCGCUGACCGGACGCUCGUCCCCUCCCGCCGCCGAGAAGCCCCCGCUCCCCGCGCGGUCCCAGUGGCCGCACGCCCCGAGCCCCGCCCCUCCCGCCGAGGGCCCGCCCACCGAGGGCC